AUGAAACACAUAAACAACUGGGUUACAAGAGCAUACUGCAACAAGGUUGUUCGUCUCUCAGCUGCUACUCAGGAUUUACCAAAGUCUAUAAUUUGCAAUGUUCAUGGUGUGAAUCCCAAAUUGUUGAAAAUUGGAGAAAAUAUUGUUGCAGUUAGGGAGCUGGGGCAAAAACCCUUUACAAAAGGGGCAUAUUUCUUGGGAAAGAUGGUGUGGGCAAAGGGAUAUGAGGAGUUGAUAGAUUUAUCAGCAAAGCAUAAGGCUGACCUUGAUGGUUUCAAGUUAGAUGUAUUUCAAAAUGGAGAAGAUGCUAAUGAAAUUCAGAGUGCAGCCAGAAGGUUGGAUUUGAAUCUCAACUUUCAGAAAAUAAGAGAUCAUGCAGAUGAUUCUCUUCAUGGGUACAAAGUCUUUAUAAAUCCUAGCAUUAGUGAUAUGUUAUGCACAACUACAGCUGAACAAGGAAAAUAA